AUGUCUGCUGAAUACAAUGAAUCCAAGCGGAAACGGUGGAAGAAGCGGUGGAAGAAGUUCUUCGGGUCUCGUGCAGCCUCGCCGGCUCCGUCUGCCACGCUGUCGACGGAUUUAUAUGCUCCUCCCUCCCCGUCUGCCGCAGCGGCGAAGGCCGCCCAACCCCGGACAAGUCCGAGAGCCCCCAACGAUCACCAACCACACGCGGCAUCGCAAACACUGCCUCCUGCUCUGGCCGCUGAACCCGCACCCAAACCUCCGCCGACCGAAUGCACAGAGCCACCGACCCCUACCCUUUCUGUGUCCGAGAGACUGUGGAACCGCGCGUACGACAGUCUUGAGAUGGAUAAUGCAGAGCUUGUCAUAUCAUACCUGAAAACGUUGGAAAAAGUUCUCGGAGCCAACCCAGGUGUUGCCCCUAACACCAACAUCUUGGCCGAGUUCCAUGACCCGACUAAACGACAGAUGCACAUGAGGAGGCUGAAUCCUGCACGAGCGACGAAAUCUAACCUCGCUGGUAUCGCCCAUGUCAUCUCCAGGAUGGACUGGUACUGCGCCCCCACCGAACAUCCCCUGAACAAGAACAACAUUGCCGGCGGCUGCGACGUGCAGGCAGUCUUGCACCAGCUAGAGGGGACAGUCGUCGAGCUCUACAAGGCUCUUCUCCUGUACCAGAUGAAGAGUCCACGUCGAUUGCUCUGGAUAAAAGGAUACGCCGGUACGGGCGAGACGAUGCUCAUGAUCGGCCUCAUUCGCCAACUCUCGCACCAACCUGUUGCUCUAUCACCAGCACUUUCCUUCUUCUUCUGCCAAGGCACAGACACAGCCUUGAACAACGCCACCGUCGUCCUCAGGUUUUUGAUCUGGCUUCUUCUUCUUCAGCAGCCAUGCCUUAUAUCCCAUCUACUCCAGAAGUACAAAGAUUCAAGCGCGGAUCUCUUCCGGGAUAAAAAUGCCUUCAUCGCCCUGUCCGACGCGUUUCGGAAUAUGCUGAAGGAUCCCAAGUUGUUUCCUGUAUACCUCGCGGUCGACGCACUUGAUGAGUGCGCGCAGGGUCGAUCGGACCUCUUCAGUCUCAUUUCGACUUCUCUCAACCUCUCUCAGAAGGUGAGAUGGCUGCUCUCUAGCCGCCCAGAAGUUGACCUUCUCUCUGAGCUCAAGGAUCCGGGCACCAUCUCCCCAGACGCUUCUAAAUCCCUUGUCGAGCUGGACACCCAACGUCUGGAAGAUCCUGUCAACGCAUUCAUUCAUUACAAGCUCAACACCCUCAGACACAGACAAGGAUACAAUGACAGGGUCUUGGCUGAGGUCUCCCGUGAAGUCCGCGGACGGGCAAAGAACACUUUCCUCUGGGUGGUUCUCGCGUUCAAAGUUCUCGAAACAGUGCACGGAGGGUACGCUGCCGAAAUCAUCACAGAGAUUCCUCCUGGCUUGUCGGAGUUGUACGAUCAUAUGAUGACCAGGAUUGAGGGAGGCCACAUCAUCAAGCCCCGGGAUUGUAAGACAGUCUUGGUGGUUACGUCUCUUGCCUUCCGACCGCUGUCUAUCCCCGAGCUUUCCGUACUUGCCGACUUGCCAUCGGACGUUGCAGAGACGGCUAUCGAGAUGUGCGGCUCAUUUCUCACAGCCACCAAGGGAACCGUCAAUUUGAUCCACCAGUCGGCUAAAGACUACCUGACGAAGAAUUACAAGUCCAGACUUCAACUAGCUGGGGCCGGUCAAGGGCAUAGCGACAUUGUCAGACGCUCAACUGAUGCGACGUCCUCAAUGCUAAAACGCAAUAUAUACGACCUCGAUCACGGCUUCAAACCGGAGAAUAUGGCACCCCCUGAUCCAGAUCCGCUCGCUCCAAUACGAUACUUGUGUGUCUUCUGGGCCGACCAUCUCUACUCCCUGAACAGCGACAAGGCCGGGUUCCUGGGCGAACUGACAGACGACGGGAAGGUUACUAAAUCCAGUUAG